AUGUCUAUCAUAGUGGAGUUCACUCUACCAGUACUUCAACUCGAUACGGAGUUCUGGCAGACCCUCGCUGAUUACAAGCUCAACGUCCAACGGCUCGGGACCUCAGCGAUCGAGACGGUCGGGGAGAUGCCCCCGCAUGAUCCGUCUAGGAUCUUGUGUUCUACUGUGAAGGAGGUCAGUGAGCCCCUCCCUAGCCGCGGCUGUUGCUUGGGACGAGUAUACAACCACAAUACCAUACAGGACUUCGCUAAGGCUGAUCGUCAGGCCAUCGUUGGCUCUUCCCUGGACCAGAUCCUUUCAACAGCUCUCUCCCCAUCAUCCAGCCCAGGCCCCGUAGGACCACAGGGUAGUCCAGCCCGUUUGUUGAUCACGCCUCAGUUACUCUAUUUCAUCGUCAUUUGUUAUGCUGAUCUCAAGAACUUCAAAUUCACCUACAACUGUGCUGUCCCUCGCCUCGCCUUCAAGACUCCCCUCAUUGUCACCUCAGCAGCACCAAUGAUAGCAGAAGCUAUCGACGAUGAUGCCCUGCUCGCCCGACUCACUGCCGAGAUGGUCCUGCUCCGCUAUGAGGACAACACUCUGUCCAAUCUCAGGGAUAUGCCAGCAGGCCGCCUGUUGGAGGUCCUCGUCCUAGUGGCCAAUCUGCCAGAACCUAACGCUGCCACUGUGGUGCUCCCGUGGUAUAUGUCCACCCUUCUAGUCGCUAUCAUGACCCGCUUCAAAAGCACUGUUGAUGACUCCAUCACUUUGAGGCUAGUCCAUCAGCGUGGAUCGUCCGUAAGGAUAACAGUGGUAGUUCCUGGUGAUCUCAAUGCCUGUGUGGAGCGCGUACCAGGAUGGAUAGCAUUUCCUGGGCCUCAAGGCAAGCCUACUGUGACCACCACUUGGGCUCAUCCCCUGCCAUCAGCUCUUGAUCUGAGGAGAGUGAUGGACCCAGCAGCAUUGGCGGUCUCUGCUACUGACCUCAACGUCAGACUCAUGCAGUGGAGGGUGUUGCCUACCCUAGACCCAGACCGGAUCAUGAACCUGAGAUGCCUCCUUAUAGGAGCUGGAACUCUAGGUUGUGCUGUGAGCCGGACCCUUCUAGCGUGGGGUGUGAAGAACAUAACCUUCGUGGACAGUGGCCAUGUGUCCUUCAGUAACCCAGCUCGGCAGAAUCUCUUUACAUACGAGGAUGCUGUAGGGAAGCGUCCUAAAGCAGAGGCAGCAGCAGCCAGACUCGGCGAGAUCGUUCCCGGUCUCAACGUUAGUGGAGUUCAGCUGGAGGUUCCGAUGCCUGGCAAAAGCACUACUGGAGGGAUUGAUGACAUAUCGAGGGCGGUUGAGAAGCUGGACUCCCUCAUAGCUGGCCAUGAUGUUGUGUUCCUGCUCACGGACAGCAGAGAGAGUCGCUGGUUGCCUACUGUGAUGGUUGCCUCCGCUGGAGCCAAGACAAAGGGAGGCCCGAUGGGAGUAUCGGUCGCGCUGGGCUUUGACUCCUACUUGGUGAAGGUACAGUCUUAUGGAGGUGGGUACGUCUCUCUGGAGAACAUGAUAAUGUCUUUUUGGUAGAUCGUAGCUCUGCCUGCUACUUCUGCAACGACGUCUCGGCCCCGAGCGACUCUACGUCCUUCAGGACCCUGGACCAGAUGUGUACUGUCACACGGCCUGGUCUUGCUCCUAUAGCCUCUGCAACGGCGGUGGAACUUGUUGCUACUCUAACUCAACAUGGCGGCUUCGACCAGAUCCGAACGGUCAAUGACGAUGGGGGCAAUGCGCUUGGGGCUACUCCCGAUCAGAUACGGUGGGGAUGAGCAACAUAGGGCUGUCGGAUGCAUCUCGUCUCAGGGGAUUCCUCGCCAACUGGCAGCAGGUUCCUGCGGUCACCCAAGCUUUCGAUCGAUGCGUGGCCUGUUCGAAUGCCAUUAUUGCCGAGUACUCUACCAAGGGAGCGUCCUUCGUUUUGGAUGCUACUGUGGAUGCUUCGGUGGGCUAAGCUCCACCUUGACUCAAUGCUGCGUGGUGAUUACGAGUGUACAGAUCCUUGGCGAGAAGUCCGGCCUGACGGAGAUGCUCGCAGCGGCAGAACGGGCUGAGGACGACCUCCUUGCGUUCGGCAUCGACGACGAAGACUUUUGAAUGUUGCUUUCACAUGACCCAU